CCCACCCUCACAGCCCUCGCGGCCGCCCCGGCCCGAGCCGGGGGCUCCGGGCCCGGCGGCGAAUGCCGCCCGCAGCUGCGGCCCCGGCGGCGGGGACUCGGUUGUCGCAGGGCUUGGCGUGGCCGGGGCUGUUCGUGGAGGCUGGAGCGGCGCGGGGCGCGGAAGCGGCUCCGGGAGACCCGGGCCGGCCUGAAGAAGAACGGAGAGCAGGCGGCGCCGGCCCCUUGCGUCCUUCACGGGCAGAUCUCGGGCGCGGCGGCGGACGCGGGCCUGGCGGCCGGAGGGGCCUGGCCGGGGCUUUGAGCGGCGCUGGUCCCGCUGUCCUCGGGGCGGUCAGCGGUCGCCGCCGCUCCCCGGGCCUCGGCAGGUGGCGGUGGGGUCACCUUCGGGGCUGUGACAGGGAACCGGCGCCGUCCCGGCUGCUCCUGCUGGGAACAGGAGAAGCCUAGCUGAACGUGAGGAACACUUAGGCUCCGAGAGGAAAGGCACAAGACAGGCUGACCCUGCUAAAGCUUCACAAUGAGAAGCAGGCAAGUUUCUCAGUCAAGCCUAGGAGUGCGAGGAUUAGUAGACUCCAUCUUAAUGGGGGUUCAUCAGUCAUGGCACUAAGGGCCUUGAAAUUUGCCUCAUUGACAGCAGCUGCUUCUGGCAUCUAUCUGUAUGGAAACAAGUUCCUGGAUCCUAAUGAUUUUGGAGUUGUUCGUGUGGGCCGAGCCAUUGCCACAACGGCAGUUAUCACCUAUGACUACCUCACCUCUCUUCGGAGUGUCCCAUACGGAUCAGAGGAGUAUGAAUUCCUCAAAUCACAGGUGCACCUGCGCUCUGCUGAGCGCCUCCGGGAGCUGUGCUGCUCCAACCGAGGCACCUUCAUCAAGGUGGGACAGCACCUGGGGGCGCUGGACUACCUCCUGCCUGAGGAGUACACCCGCACCCUCAAGGUGCUGCACAGCCAGGCCCCGCAGAGCACCAGGCAGGAGAUUGAGCAAGUUAUCCGUGAGGAUCUCGGCAAAGAGAUAAAAGAGCUCUUUAUGAGUUUUGAGGACACUCCCUUGGGAGCAGCAUCACUAGCCCAGGUACACAAAGCAGUGCUGCAGGAUGGGAGAACCGUGGCAGUGAAAAUCCAGCACCCCAAGGUCCAAGCUCAGAGCUCCAAGGAUAUAUUGCUCAUGGAGGUUCUCCUCCUAGUUGUGAAACAGAUUUUUCCAGAUUUUGAGUUCAUGUGGCUGGUGGAAGAAGCAAAGAAGAAUUUGCCCUUGGAGCUGGAUUUCCUCAAUGAAGGCAGAAAUGCUGAGAAGGUUGCUCAUAUGCUCAAAAACUUUGACUUCCUGAAGGUCCCCAGGAUCUACUGGGAGCUCUCCACAAGGCGUGUCCUUCUCAUGGAGUUUAUGGAAGGGGGACAAGUGAAUGACAGGGCCUAUAUGGAGAGGAAUGGCAUCAAUGUCAAUGAGAUCUCUCGCAACUUGGGGAAGCUCUACAGCGAAAUGAUCUUUGUGAAUGGCUUUGUGCACUGUGACCCACACCCAGGCAAUGUGCUAGUGAAGAAGUGUCCAGCCUCUGGCAAGGCUCACAUUAUUCUCCUGGAUCAUGGACUCUACCAGGUGCUGAGCGAGUCAUUUCGCAUGGACUACUGCCGCCUUUGGCAAGCCCUCAUCAAGGCUGAUAUGAAGAGGGUGCAGAAGUACAGCCGGCGGCUUGGGGCAGGGGAUUUGUAUCCUCUCUUUGCCUGCAUGCUGACUGCCAGAUCUUGGGAGUCUGUCAACAGGGGCAUUGACCAGUCACCAGUCUCUGCCAGCGAGGACAUGGAGAUCCGGUCCAACGCUGCUGCUUACUUGCCCCAGAUCACCCAGCUCCUCAACAAUGUUCCCCGCCAGAUGCUGCUUCUGCUGAAGACCAAUGACUUGUUAAGGGGGAUUGAGUCAGCCCUGCACACACGGGCCAGUGCCAGCUCCUUCCUCAACAUGUCUCGCUGCUGCAUCAGAGCUGUUUCCACGUACCAGAGGAGCAAGAGUCACUCGCUUUACAGGAGGGCCCAGAUCUCACUCACAGAAGCCAUAAGCCUGUGGCAGAUCAACUUAUAUGAACUCUUUCUGUGGCUGAAGGGGUCCCAGCUGGGGAACUGGGUCAUUGCUCUCCUGAGACGGAUGCACCAUCUCAUGUACUGACAUGAACUGGUGGGAGAGGCCUGGGUGCUCCCUCCCUCCCUUCUGCUCUCCAUGGCACAUUUGUCUUUCUGACUAUUUCUGUCUAUUUUUGGGUCUUAAUCCACAUUACACACUGCACUCUCCUUUUCUUUUACAGCAUUAGCUUCCUCUGUGGCACAGAGAGGUUGAGUUGGUACCAGAGCCCUAUUGUUUUGUGGUUUAGAAAAAGUAGGUGCAUGAUACCUUCUUUCCUCAUUUGUGCAGGUUAAGUUCCACUCAGAUUCUAGUGGGAUUGUGCUGGAAGCAAAUGCCUUUUUGACUCUUUCUUAAACAAUCUUAAAGAAUUUAAGAGAAUCCCAGCCCUACCUAGAAUGCCUCAAAACUUUUCUCAGACCCUCAGAGGUGGUAAGUCCCUUUAAAGUGCAAUAGGGUUUAUAUUAGUUUGUGCAAUCUCCUUAGUCUGGUUUCUGUUUAGGUGCACAGAAGUUUUCUCAGAGGAGUGAGACCUUGUGGAAAAGUGGCACUAGGGUUUUCUCUUCCAGCACCAGGGAAAGAGGACUCAAGUGGUGAGAGUGGUGGACUGGGAGUCUGACUUUCUAAGGUUAAUCUCCAGUCCUUUCUGCAAGUGCCUCUGUUUUUGGACUUCUCCUGGCCUGUUUCUUUGUAGGUAAAAUGGGGGAAGGGGAAGUGAUCUUGCCCUCUUCUGAAAUUCCAGGAAGGCAGUAAGAAUGACAACUCAGGGCUCUGAAACUUCUGGUAAUGUAUGUGUACUGUACAAUACUUCCACACAACAAAAUAAAUGUGUUGUAUCGAA